GCCUGCGCGGCUUCUCCGCGGGCUUCUACGCCAGAUCAGUCCCAUGGCAGCUGCGAGGGGCGACGGCCAGGCCGGCUUCGUGCUGGGCCUCGACCUGGGCACCUCGUCCGUGAAGGCGGUGCUGCUGGAGGCCGGACCUCAUGGCGGGCCCCUGGUGCCCACGGCCAGCGCCAGCCGAGCCACGCGAGCCGAUGUGUCCGCGAGCAGGGAGGCCGGGCCGCGGGGCCGGGAACAGGACGUGCGCAGAAUUGUGCAAGCCUUGAGCGAAUGUCUCAGGGCUCUUCCGGCGUGGCAGCUGCAGAGGGUCCGCAGCAUUGGGGUGUCAGGACAGAUGCACGGGGUCAUGUUUUGGAAGAGCCACCGAGCUUGCUCUUGGACGGAGAGCGGCCCCCACGGCGUCUUUGAGCCGCAGCAGGUCAGCCAUCUCAUUACCUGGCAGGAUGGCCGCUGCACCAACAGCUUCCUGGCAUCCCUCCCACGGCCCGAGUCCCACCUGAGUGUGGCCACGGGAUUCGGCUCCGCCACCAUCUACUGGCUUUUGCGCAACAGCCCCGAUUUCCUGAAGCCAUAUAGUGCGGCGGGCACCAUCCAGGACUAUGUGGUGGCCAUGCUGUGUGGCCUCCAGAGACCCCUCAUGUCCGACCACAAUGCCGCCAGCUGGGGCUACUUCAAUUCCGAAAGCCAAAGCUGGAAUUCCCACAUUUUGGAAGAAUCUGGCUUUCCUACCUACCUGCUCCCAGAUGUGGCUGAGGCCGGUACCAUAGCAGGGCAGACCACCCACCAGUGGUUUGGCAUUCCCCAGGGGACCAAAGUCGGCAUAGCCUUGGGGGACCUUCAGUGUUCUGUGUACUCCUGUAUGUCACGGAGCACGGAUGCAGUUCUCAACAUCAGCACUUCUGUCCAGCUGGCAGCCUCCAUGCCUCCAGGGUUCAAGCCUGCAGAAUGCCCAGAUCCUUCAGCACCAGUGGCUUACUUUCCCUUCUUCAACCGGACCUACCUGGGAGUGGCUGCGUCCCUCAAUGGCGGCAACGUGUUGGCCACGUUUGUCACCAUGCUGGCUCAGUGGAUGGCAGAUCUAGGCUUGGAUGUUCUGGAGACACUUAUUUAUUCACAGAUGAUCCAGAUGGCCCUGGCCCAGACAGACACCCAGCUCACCAUCAACCCAACUCUUUUGGGAGAGAGACACCUUCCAGAAGAGCUGGCAUCCGUGAGCAGCAUCUCUCCCUCUGAUCUGUCUCUUGGGCACGUGACCAGAGCUUUAUGCCGUGGCAUCGUUCAGAACAUCCAUGCCAUGCUCCCAUCUGAGCGGCUGAAAGAAUGGGGUAUAGAAAGGGUGAUUGGCAGUGGCAGCGCCCUGUCCAAGAAUGAGGUGCUGAGGCAGGAAGUGGAGAAGGCCUUCCCCCUCCCCGUCUCCUAUGGCCAGGACGUGGAUGCCGCGGCUGGUGCUGCCCUGGUGAUGCUACAGGAAAGUGCCAGAGGGAGCAGCUGAAGGGCACCAUAGGCCUUUUCCUAAUCAUUCCUGAUGAAUGACGAUAAAAUCAACCAUAAAGAUUUGGAUCCCCAAAUAUUUUUAAUCUUCAACUAAUUAAUUGGGAAGCCACAAGAAAGGCUUUCUAAAGCACUACUCAGUCCCUGCCUGAAGUGGAUGUUCGUCUUGGACACCCGCUUCCGAGGGCACGCUGGUCAGCUGGAGGGUGGCCAAAAUACCAUGAGGCUGGAAGUCAGUGGGUGAGGAAGAGCUGAAGCAAGUUGGGCCAUUGGGCCUGAAGAAGAUAUUUAGAGAGGAUGUGAUUGCUGUCUGCAGAUACACGAAGCACUGCCGCGUGAAAACAGAAUUGGCCUUGCCUUGCCUGGCUCCAGGCAGGGGAGCGCUGGGGUGGACGGGUGGAGGCUGCAGCUUUGAUGCCCAGAGAACGUGCUUGUGCUUGCCCUUCCAGAGUCACCCGGCUGGCUGCCCUCCCCUGCAUCUUGUUGCUAAUUGAACUUAAUUGUGAUGGUCAGGACCAAUAUUUUCAAUGUCAAGUGCAUGCGAUCUUAAGUAUGAAUACAAUAAUCAUGUUGUUCAUCCGCCCCGAUCGCAGGGCCUGACACAUAGUAAAUGCUUAUUGAUUGUUUCAUGAACGGCUUUUGAUAAAAUGGCUUUGAUUCCUAUGGAAUAAUUUUCAUGAUGUUUUGUAUUGAUUAAAGGGCAAGCAAGGCUCCAGAACUCA